GAUUCGGCUCAUAUACUGGCAGAGAACCUCGGUAUUAUCGGUGCUACCAUUGGCUACAUCCAAGAUAAUUUCUUCGACUAUGAGGUCCUUCCAGCUCACGGCAUCGCGAAAGAUCUCUUCCUGAGAUGGACUUGGAAACAUCAAGAAGACCUCAUUCAAUUAGGAGCCGGUGCAGGUACGAAUGACAACACGCUGAGAGCCCUUUGCGAUCCACUCCAUAGACGUUCCCCCGACAACUUCGCCCGCUUCACACCAGAGAUGCCUGACGAGAAGUCGCCAGCCAAGCAACUCCUCGUGCUAUUUGAGGCUGCUGAGGACGCCAGAAAGCGCGCUUUAAAAGCCUACAGCGAUCUCGUCGUUGUCUCCAACUAUCCACUCCACCAGAUGUUGAAUUUUAGCCUGCCUAACCUGCAGCGUCCUCAUUUGCCUCUUGAUGGAUCCUUCGUCUCAAAGUUCGACGAUCUUUCGAUAGUCGGGCAUUACAUUUCAAACGCAAUGUCCAAGACUGAUGAAGAGUCAGCAACCGAAUAUGAACAGAUCAACAGGUCGAUUCGUGAGGAAGAACAUUUACUGAUGAACAAGGAGUUUGAAAUAAGAGUCGUCGGACUUCAGUCACUAAGCUUCAAUUCGGAGACGAAAUUCAUGGCCUACCAACUGAACAUAGCCCAGUCGAAAUUGAACAUUGCUAGACUCAAACACGACCGGCGUCUGAUUGUUCGUAAACAUGUCUCGCCGGCUUGCGACAAUAGUCUCGGGACUGUGGAAAGGUUUGAGGAGCGAGUCUGCUUAGAAAAUUGGAGAGAUAGAUUACGACUCCUCGAGCCAGCCAAGCGAAUAUCGCGACUUAUCGUGCAUCAGGCUGAAUUCCAGAUCCACACGCUCUAUAAAACUUCUCACGUACCCGCAGAGACAUUGCGGAAUCACACUGGCAUCUGGAGAGCAGUCUUCGAUCAGCUAUAUCACAUCGCUUUGACUAGAGGCUCAUCAUCUCGGUCAAACCAUACUAUUUCGGAGAUGCGACUCUUUUUCCAAAUCGCUGCGGUGUUCUUCGCGAUAAGCAACUGCAGUUCUGCAGAAGCUCAAGUUGAAGAGGGCGCGGUCGGAGCUCUUACUCAUGCACCUAUUCUUCCACUGUCCAAUAGCCAGACUCCAAUGACUCGGACCGUGGAGGUCUCAACAUCAGUCAAAGAAUCAAAUGCUCUUUCAGAGAUUUACUCCUCGGAUCUUACUCAAAGAUCUUUUGUGAAGCGUGCGUGGAAGUUUCUUCCCAUUGAGAUAAAUCUCGGCAAGCGCGUAGCUCGACCUGGCCUUGCCGUGGAGAAUACAACUAAGCCUGCCGCCGAAGAUGGUUCAGAGCACUGA